AUGCUCACCUGUGCGGAGGCGGCGUCGCAGCUCCAGGUGCGCCUGGCCAACGGCUCCAGCGCCUGCGCGGGGCGGGUGGAGCUGUUCCGCGAGCACAAGUGGGGAACUGUCUGCGACGACACCUGGGACCUGCAGGACGCGCAGGUGAUCUGCCGCCAGCUGGGCUGCGGCCACGCCCUUGCCGCGCCCGGCCACGCCCACUUCGGCCGGGGGGCGGAUCCCAUCUGGCUGGACGGCGCCCACUGCACAGGUGUGCAGCUCCAGGCCACCGAGGUGACAGGUGUCACAGGGAUCACAGGUGUCCCGGGUGUGCAGCUCCAGGUGUUGCCGGAGGUCACCAACAUCCAGGUGCAGGGGGGGGAGGGGACAGGUGUGACAGGGGUGACAGCUGUUCCAGGUGUGGCAGGUGUGACCAGGGUAACAGGUGUCACAAGUGUGACAGGGGUGCCAGGUGUGACAGGGGUGCCAGGUGUCACAGGUGUCACAGGGCUGCAGCUCCAGGUGCUGCCAGCACCCUCCGAGGUGACCAAAGUCCAGCUCCAGGUGUUGCCACCACCACCUGAGGUGACCAAUGUCCAGCUCCAAGCACUGCCACCACCCUCAGGUGUCACCAGAGUGCAGCUCCAGGUGCUGCCACCUCCACCUGAGGUCACCAAAGUCCGGCUCCAGGUGCUGCCACCACCCCUGGAUGUCACCUGUGUCCAGCUCCAAGCAGGUGAGGUGGCCAAUGUCCAGCUCCAGGUGUUGCCACCGCCCCCUGAGGUGACCAAUGUCCGGCUCCAGGCGCAGCCACCACCCUCAGGUGUCACCUGUGUCCAGCUCCGAGCAGGUGAGGUGGCCAAUGUCCAGCUCCAGGUGCUACCACCACCACCUGAGAUGACCAAUGUCCAUCUCCAGGCCACUGAGGUGACCAAAGUCCAGCUCCAAGCGAUGCCACCGCCCUCCCAAGUGACCAAUGUCCAGCUCCAGGUGCUGCCACCACCACCUGAGGUGACCAAUGUCCAUCUGGAGACCAUGGAGGAGGUGCCCAGUGCCCACUUGGAAACCUUGGAGGUGCCCCCUGUGCACCUGGAGACCUCAGAGGUGCCCAGUGUCCACCUGGAGACUUUGGAGGUGCCCCCUGUGACCCUGGAACUCGGCACGGAGGUGCCCAGUGCCCACCUGGAGAUGAUGGAGGUGCCCCACGCCCACCUGGAAACCUUGGAGGUGCCCAGUGCUCACCUGGAGACAUCAGAGAUGCCCAAUGGCCACCUGGAGACCCCCAAGGAAGUGCCCAAUGCCCACCUGGAGACACCAGAGGUGCCCAGUGCCCACCUGGAAACUUUGGAGGUGCCCUCUGUGCACCUGGAGACACCAGAGGUGCCCAGUGCCCACCUGGAACCCCCUGAGGAGGUGACAAAUGUCCACCUGGAGACCUUGGAGGUGCCCAGUGCCCACCUGGAGACCUCAGAGGUGCCCAAUGCCCACCUGGAGGUGAUGGAGGUGCCCAGUGCCCACCUGGAGCCCACGGAGGAGGUGACAAAUGUCCACCUGGAGACUUUGGAGGUGCCCAGUGCCCACCUGGAAACCUUGGAGGUGCUGGGGGGGGCAUCUGCCUACCUGUGCCUGCAGGUGAGCAGGUGAGGGGGCACCUCGGGGGGCAGUGCCCCAGGUGAGGGGGUAUGUGUGGGUACCUGGUGGGGGGAGGGGUGUUACCUGUG